GUCACCACGUGCCGCGACCCGGUUAUUUCGUGACAAGGUUACCAAAUUUGGCGAAGGUCCGGUUAACUGUCAACCACUCGUAUAACACCACGUGUCCUACAAACCGCACACACGUACAAAUAAACGGCGAAUAACGCCGUUUAAACGAACGCCGUCGAUCUGUCGUCUCCGUUGAGCCUCGAACAAAGCAACGGAGAGAGAAAUUCUCUCUUUUUCCGGACACCUGCUCUUCAUUGGUUUUCGUAAUUCUCCGAACCUCAGGCUCGGUCCCGCCCUACUUCAAUUCGUCUCACAUUUCACCACAUCCUCGCUUUGGCUCUCUCACUCACUCCGAUCACCUGAGCGGUUCGCAUUACCGGCGGAGAAGAUUGUGUCAGAUACACGUCGGAGAUUUCCAUGGCCGAUCACGACGGCGAUCAGAAUGAACCAGUGGUUGAGGCGGUGACCGAGAGGAUUGAUGGCCACGAUUCGUCGUCGUCGUCAGAUUCCGAUACCGAGAAGAAGCCUUCUUCGGCGUCUGUGGUCAAAACGAAGAUCUAUCGUCUCUUCGGCAGAGAGAAACCUGUGCACAAGGUCUUGGGAGGCGGAAAACCUGCUGAUGUUCUUUUGUGGAGGGACAAGAAAAUUUCUGCUGUGGUGCUUGGCAGUGCCACUGCAAUAUGGAUGCUUUUUGAUUUAAUCGAAUACCACUUGCUCACUCUAGUAUGCCAUAUUCUUAUACUUGCCUUAGCAUUCCUUUUCCUCUGGGCCAAUGCAUCCACCUUUAUCAACAAGUCUCCACCUCAAAUUCCAGAAGUUGGAAUUUCCGAUGAUGUUGUCCUAGGAAUAGCUUCUGAUCUGAGAAUUGAAUUCAACCGAGCUCACUCUGUUCUCCGGGAUAUUGCAUAUGGGAGAGAUUUGAAGAAAUUUCUUACCGUGAUUGCUGGGUUGUGGGUUAUUUCAGUUGUUGGAAGUUGGUGUAACUUCCUGACCUUGUGCUACAUAGCUUUUGUUUUGCUGCAUACCAUGCCUGUUCUUUAUGAGAGAUACGAGGACCGCGUUGACCUGUUUGCUGAGAAAGCAUUGGCGGAGUUCAAGAAGCAGUAUGCAGUGUUUGAUGCCCAGGUUCUAAGUAAGAUUCCCAGAGGACCGUUGAGCGGCAAGAAGGUGGCUUAGGUGUUACUUUUUUUUUGCAAGUUUUUGUUACUUGUUAACAGUUUUCAUUGAACUGAUAAAUUCUUAGCAGGUUGAACCCAUGUUUUUUGGUUCUGUUGUUGGUAUGUUUGGGUUCACAAUUAAAUGAAUAUGGUAUUUGGUGACACAAUUUCAGGUUUCAGAUUAUUAUUAAUGGCUUUGCGUCAUGCAUUA